AUGUAUAGAGUCUUCCUUGGGGCACCCUCCAAAUCCGAGAUCUCGAACGACCCGAGGUCGUACUCCUGGCGAACUCUGAACUCCACCUCUAUCUCCGUGUCUCAAUCUCGACCUCUUCCUGCUCCACCUGCCUUGGAGGAGAAGAAGAAAGACGCUAGCGGCAGCUCCAGCGGACGACUUAUUCAGCAGACCCAAUCCUAUGGCUCUCUGGCGUUCCCGUUUCCCCUCGAGACGCUGGAAGAAGCGAGUCGGAGGGUAUCCUUAAUCUAUAAAGACCUGGCGUUUAGAGAAGAGGAAGGAGAAGAGGAAGUGGACGAUAUGGAUGAAGAAGGGAGUGUGCUGGAUCUGCUUGCACAGACUCUGGACGAAGUCAGAGAAGUGGCUCAACGGUGUGCUGAGAUCGAAAUCGACAAAGAGGAAGGACCGUCGCUCCAGCAAGAGGCGAGUGUGUUAGAGCCGUUGGAUGCUCAGGUGUCUGUCUCUCGAGGCGUUGAACAAAUCACCAUGCUAACCUGGCCACCAACCGCGCUGAAUGAGUCUGCCAGCAUGCUCUCAUUCUCGCGAGCCAACGAUAUGCACUCUAAUCUCGGAGGGCCCUCUGGCUUCAACCUCAAUAGCACAACAGGACCUUCAUUUAUCUUCAACAUCUCCGAACGCGAAACCCAAGCCAGACAUGAUGCUCAAACCCAGUCUCGCUUCCUCGAGACGCAGGCAGAGUCGCAGUCCUAUCAAGAGUCGCGUUCGAUAUCAGACGCGAACGCGUCCAUAGCGAGAUUUCCCUCGUUUCACUUCAACCUGCACUCGCUCACGCCUCUAUCUUCCAUCUCCUCCAACGCGAAGAACAAACUUGGAUUGGCCUUGCCGACGGCAAAAACACAAAGGAAGGUCAACUUGCUCGUCGUAGUCCUGGAGGUGGAGGGCCCCGACACGAUACGCGUCAAGAAAGGUGUCGACGCGGGCAAGGAGGUCUCGGUGCUCAAGCUAAUUUUGGGCGAGGAAGACGGAUCGGUGGGGAAGCUUACCGCGUGGAGGGAGGUUGCCGAGGAGUGGGGUGGCGCGGGGAAGAAGGUUGGAGUGAAGAGGGGCGAUGUGGUGCAUUUGGAGAAUGUGAUGGCGACAUGCGACCCAGCGAGCUCAACGACGCUCUCCGCCUCGCCGUACCUCAGCUCCGCGUUUACGAUCUGCUACCGCACAAUGCCGUACACACAUGAAGAUGGGAGGCUGCGACCUGACCUCAGGCUAGGCGCGAGCGAGCCCAGCGUGCGCAAAGUCGCGGCUGUCGUCCGUUGGUUUGAGAACGUGGCUGGACUUGCUUGUCCUACUUGA